AUAUCUGAUCGUCAUAGCCGUGACGUGGCAAUAUGUUGGCUGUUCGACACGUGUAAAAAGUAGAGAACUGGGUCUUCUCUUUUUGCUCUUUUUCAAGGAAAUUUAAACCGAACCCUAUCAUCCUUAGGACAAAGCAACUUAUAAUCUUUCAUAGUACUAUAGAAUUUAAAAAUUCCUGUUUUUUCAGUAAAUAAUUCAACAAGAUUUGGCCAUCAGAUUAUGGAAAAUUUUGUGGGUUCAUCUAGGAUUGCUCGAAGCUUUUCUCCAGAGCUGGAAAAUUACGAGGUUUCAAGAAAUUGUGUUGAGGAGCAAGAAGAGACUUCAGCUCUGGAAUCUCAGGCUACAGAAUCAAGGCCCAUAGAGUGGACAAAUGAGAAACAUAGUUUGUAUCUUAAAUCUAUGGAAACUUCAUUUGUCAACCAAUUAUAUAAAUCAUUGGAUUUAUCUGGUUUUGCUAUGGAAAAUCGUCAAUCCAAAUCCAAACCACUCAAGCACAAGGAGAAGAGCUCAGAUGAUCGUUCUGGCCAGUAUAAGGUUUAUCGAGAUGGCUAUUGGUCUAAAAUAGAUUUCAUGAGCGACGAACCUCGAGUGAAUGAUGUCGAGGAUUCAUCUAGUCUCCUGGGUAAUCCUUGGAUACGACAUUACAGGUAUGCUGACAGGCAAGCAGCCAGAAACUCUUCAGUUUCCCGUGUUAAAGCUGCUUCACCAACUGCGGUGAAUCAAUUUCCUGCAAACCACUUUCAAUUCCAGCACCAAGAUUUUUCUGGCAGCAAUACAGAGGUGAUGGGUCAGAACUUUACCGAUGAAGAUCUUGAAGAAGAGAAAUCUGACAGAAUCCAUGACACAAAGAGAACCAAAACUUCAACAGAUGAUAUUUCAAGCAACGAUCAAGUUGUUCCUUUUGGCAUACCUCAAGUAGGAUAUGCUGCCGAAGAUCAUAUAUCCUCUGAAGACUAGGAUUGCUCAGCAAUAUUGGGGAAAAAGAUACAAUUAUGGCAGUUUUGUAAGUUGGCAGAUCAUUCUAACCCGUCAAAUAAGCAGGAUGAGCUUGAGGCCUAUUAGUUUGUAAUAGUAUGACUUCCAAUGAGUAUUCUCAAUAGUGGGAGGCCUCUGUUUUUUAUUUUUAUUUUUUCCUUUUGGAGGAGGGGCGAG